CUGAUAUUUUCCUCACUUUUAGUCUUUGGAAAACCAGCAGCAGGUGUAGCCACGUCGCAGCCUCCAACAAACGCGCCGCUGUCGACGGCUAGCUUGUCUACAGCUUCAUUGCCUGCUCAAGAGAAAACCGGCCCGGAUCCAGCUGAGCUAGCAAAAGCCGAGAAAGCCGCUGUUGCCGCUGCACGCAAAGCUGCGAAAGAAGCGGUGCAGAAGUUCCGAAAAGCUUGGGAUGAAGCCCAUAAAGACAUACAUUCGUUCACCAUCAACAAGCAGAAGGCCGCCGAGGUCAUUGAUGAAGCAGUCGCUUCUCUGACUCAUGCUGAGAACUGUGAAACCGCUGAUGAGAUUGAGCGCAUGGUUAUGGAGUUAGAUGAGGAGUUGUGUGAUAUGCUGAGGCUUUUAGCAGAGAAGAAGGAGCUGGUUGAAGAGAAAACUGCAACGUAUAAGGAAACCAGGGAUGUUGAGCUAGCCUAUAAGCGUCCACUGGAUCUUCUAGAAAGGACUCAUUCGGACAGUGUGCUGCAAAAAUUCGAAGAUUUUACCAUAAGGCUUCAUGAGGCAAAGAAAUUAAUCGCUGAAACCAAAAAAUUAUCGGUUGUCUCCAAGCCCCGUCGAGCUUCGGAAUUUGAUCCGAAGUUUGAGGUACGACUCCAGGAGAGCAUGAAAAACAUGGCACGAUAUUUUACUAUAGUCCGCGCUCAUGUAGAGGACAUUGAACGCAAAAUGUCGCAUCUUGCAUUACAGAAAAAGAAAAGCUCCAAUACCACAGCAAAUGACCAGUCACUCUCUAAUUCAACACUGGUGGACCAAUCUUUGUAUGAAGAGGCCCCAUCAUCUGUGAUCUACACACCUGCCUUCAAGCCUAUAACAAUUCCUAAAGCAGGCUCUAAAUUACAACAACGAGCAAGAAUGCUGGAGAUCAUGAAUGCAAAGAAGAACAUGAGAAUUGUGACGAAAAAGGUAGAGCCACUGCGAAUUGACGCGGCAACUGCUGACGAUACACUUAGCUCAUCGUUCCUCAACGUUCCUAAUCUUGAGACAUCAUUGAGCCAGAAGAUUUCGUCUCCGUUCCGGGUGAAGCCCCCGCUUGCUAUGCGAAAUGCCAGCACUCAAGCAGAUGCUCCAGCUCCACCUGCAACAACAGCUCCAGCUUUGCCUCAGUCUGCUUCCGGUGCGGACUUUUCCAUUGUUUUUUUCCUUUCAAAAUUCUGUAUUUUUUAUACCGUUUUGACGCCAAACCUCGCGAAUAGUUUCAUCUGAAU